AAAUUGAAUUUGGGUUUACAAAAAGAUUCCCAAUUGAUUGAUACAUAUUCCUGCUAAACCUCUCAGAUCACAUGAAUUCCACCCCUUAAUUCUUAUUCACACACUUGAAAUUCCUCAAUUCACUUCAGAAACAUUCAAGAUCCACUCAUAUCUUCACUUCCAGUUUAUCACUUCUACUUCAAGAAAACCCCAAUCAAAUACACAAACAGAAAAUCCUUCUCGCGGAUUCGUUUUUCAGCUUCCCGAAAGAAUCAAGUAUUGGGGGAUUUGGUUAAUCAGGUGAUUGAUGGUAUGAAUCGAUCUUGUUUCGAUUCUAUCAGCGCGAAUUAUGGGGAGAUUUAUCGGUGGGUUUGUGUUGCCUUUGCUGCUGUUAACAGCUGCUUUACUCAAUUGGAGUUUGAUCUCUCUUGGCAAUUUGCUAGCUUCCCUACUUAUUCUAUUCACUCCUCCAAAAAGAGGAUUUCAGUCAAGAGGGAGAACGCUACUAUGGUUCAUUAUUUUUUUCUCAUUUCUUGUUAUUCUUUCACAAGUAACGUUUCUUAUCACAUGGGCCAUCGUGUGUGGAAGCUGCAAUGAAGAAGAACCUUGGUGGGCAAAGCUAUUAGGAUUCUUGAUAAUGGAAACUUGGAGAUCGCCCAUAGUGAUUUAUCUUUUGAUCGUGCAACUAUUAGUGGCGAUCACUGCUUUUAUUGAACUCCAUGAAAGCAGAUUAGGUUUGUUUACGCAGACAUCUACGCUUUUUGGGAGUUUCUCGUUGGCUUUUAACCGAAUAGGUUCACAUGUGAAGGUUGCUUUCUGCCUGUUGUUGCCUGCUGUUCAAUUGGUUGUCGGAAUCAGCUAUUCUUCUUGGGUUUCUUUGCCGUUUUUCGUUUGUAGUUGUGUGGGUCUUGUGGAUUGGUCGUUAACGAGCAACUUUCAUGGCCUCUUCAGGUGGUGGAGACCUCUUUGGAUGUACGGUGGAUUCAGUAUUUUCUUGCUCUACAUCUAUCAACUCCCCUUAGGCUUCCCGAAGUUCUUUAGUAUGAUAGGUGAAUUCAUCGGCCUGUACAAAAUAUCCGCGACCUCCGAGUGGACACAAAUUUGUUCUUGCAUUUCACUCGUCAUAUUUUGUUUCAUGUUAUCUUUUGUCAAAUUUGAUUUGGAAGAAAUGGAUUCCAUCAUGUCCAUUAGUGAAGGCAACUUAACUGAGCAUCUUUUGCCUUUAAAGGAUUCUUUUUUCGUUCGUGAAUCAAGAUCUGGUGUAAGACACACCAAUGUUUUAUUAAGAGGUGCGGUUUUUCGGACAUUUAGCAUUAACUUCUUCACAUAUGGUGUCCCGGUUUCCUUAUUUGCCCUUUCAUUGUGGAGCUUCUAUUUUGCAAGUGUAUGUGCAUUCGGGUUACUUGUAUACGUCGGUUACAUUAUAUUUGCUUUUCCGUCAUUGUUUCGUUUGCAUCGGCUAAAUGGGUUGCUCCUCGUCUUCAUUCUCUUAUGGGCUAUCAGUACUUAUAUCUUCAAUGUAGCGUUUUCGUAUCUCAAUUGGGACCUUGGGGAUAUGGACAUUUGGGAAAUGGUCGGGUUGUGGCAUUAUUCUAUUCCCGGAUUUUUUAUGCUUGCACAGUUUUGUCUUGGAGUUUUGGUUGCCCUCGGUAAUCUUGUCAACAACUCCGUUUUCUUGUAUAUUUCCGAUGAGGACCACCAAACGUCAAAUGGAGACCCGACUCCUGAAGUUAAAGAAGAAACGAAGGUGCUGAUUGUGGCUACGAUUGCUUGGGGAUUGCGAAAAUGUUCUCGUGCUAUCAUGCUGGUUCUAAUAUUUCUCAUUGCAAUGAAGCCCGGUUUCAUCCAUGCUAUAUACAUGAUAUUCUUUUUCUUCUAUCUUUUGAGCCACGAUAUCGGCAACAAAGUACGUCAAACGCUUCUUCUUUUGUGCGAGAUUCAUUUUGCUUUGUUGUACUCUCUUCAAAUAACUCCGAUUUAUAGAGCAUUGGAGAAAAGUGGCUCCAUAAGUAGGGAAAUUUUAUCUCAAUUAGGUCUCCAUGAACAUAAUACCGCAUGGGAUUUUGUGGAAAUCGCUUUUCUUGCUUGUUUCUGUGCCGUACACAAACAUGGGUAUAAAUUGCUGUUUUCGUUCUCGGCAAUUGUGCAGCAUACACCUUGUCCUCCAGUUGGGUUUAGCAUCUUGAAAGCCGGUUUGAACAAAUCGGUUUUGUUGUCUGUUUAUGCCUCGGGAACUGCCAGAAACGGCGAGGAUAGUCCAUCCCAAGAGAGAAAAGUGGCUUCGUAUCUCAGCGCAAUCGGGCAAAAGUUUUUGUCAUUAUAUCGAUCACUCGGCACUUACAUUGCUUUUGUAACUAUACUCAUCACAGUUUAUAUGGCAAGGCCGAAUUUCAUAUCUUUUGGGUUCAUUUUUCUCCUCCUCUUUUGGAUUACCGGCAGACAACUUGUUGAGAAGACAAAACGACGCCUUUGGUUCCCAUUGAAAGCAUACUCGAUCAUGAUGUUUAUUCUCAUCUAUAGUUUGAGCAUCUUCCCCACUUUCGAAGCUUGGGUGUCAACAAAGGUCGAUCUUUAUGCAAAUCUUGGCUAUAAUCCUCAAGCUUCGUUGUUGGAAAAUGUUUCGGAAUCAUUGGCGAUAACAAUCGUGAUGCAACUUUAUAGCUAUGAGAGGAGACAAAGCCGGUAUCGAACAUUGGAGGAUCCGAAUCGAAUGCAGUUUGGCAUUAUCGGGUUUAUUAGAAGGCUUCUAAUUUGGCAUAGCCAAAAGAUUUUGUUUGCUGCUAUGUUUUAUGCAGCGAUAUCUCCGAUAAGUGCGUUUGGAUUCUUGUAUCUUCUUGGUAUCGUCGUCUGUUCGAUCUUGCCGAAAGCUUCGAGGGUACCAUCGAAAACGUUUUUGGUGUACACGGGGUUUCUUGUGACGAUCGAGUACUUAUUCCAGAUGUUGGGAAAAUAUGCCGAGAUGUUUCCUGAUCAAAAACUUCACAGUUUGUCAGUUUUUCUUGGUUUGAAGGUGUAUGAGCCUGGGAUUUGGGGUGUGGAAGCGGGUUUGCGAGCUAAAGUUCUGGUGGUUGCCGCCUGUACGCUGCAAUAUAACGUCUUUUAUUGGCUCGAGAUGAUGCCGAGUUGGCUUUCAGGUGUUGGUCAAUGGGAAGAACCGUGCCCAUUGUUCUUUUCAGAACAAGAUGUGUUACCAGUUGUCAACACUCCGAAUCAAGAAACCGAUCCAAGAAAAGGGAUUAGGACCAGCAGUUCAUGGCCGUCGGUCAGUGAUGCAGCCACGAAAAUCGGAGUGCCGGAAAGUAGCAGCCGGAGAUACCUUUUUGGGUUUAUUUGGGGGAGCGGCAACGAGAGCCAUAAAUGGAACAAGAAACGAGUUCUUGAUUUGAGAAAAGAACGAUUCGAAAUGCAGAAGACGUCACUGAAAGUUUACUUGAAGUUUUGGAUGGAAAACAUGUUCAUCCUUUUCGGGCUUGAGAUCACCAUGAUCGCGUUGCUUCUUGCGAGUUUUGCGCUUCUUAACGGAAUAUCUAUGCUGUAUAUCGCAUCACUUGCGGCUUGCGUGCUUCUAGGCCGCCAGUUUAUACGAAAAGGGUGGCCAGUGUUCGUUUUCUUGUUUGCUACCGUUCUCGUGCUCGAAUAUUUUGCCAUUUGGAGGAACAAGAUCCCUUCGAGCAAACCUCCACCAUCGGAAAACGCCAUGCACUGCCACGAUUGCUGGCGGAGGUCGGAUAUGUAUUUCAGCUAUUGCCGUGACUGCUGGCUCGGACUUACGGUCGAUGAUCCUCGAGUGCUGACCAGUUACUUUUUUGUCUUCAUGUUGGCGUGUUUCAAGCUGCGAGCGGAUCGGUUCGGAAGUUUUUCCGGCUCGUUUACGUAUCGCCAAAUGAUAUCUCAACGGAAAAACGCUUUCGUGUGGCGGGAUCUCUCUUUCGAAACGAAAUCGAUGUGGACUUUUCUUGACUACUUGAGGCUUUACUGUUAUUGUCAUUUGUUAGAUCUUGUUCUUGCGUUGAUUCUGAUCACCGGAACUUUCGAGUACGAUAUUUUACAUCUCGGGUAUCUUGCUUUCGCGUUGAUUUUCUUUCGAAUGAGGCUUACGAUCCUCAAGAAAAAGAACCAGAUCUUUAAGUGGUUGAGGAUAUACAACUUUGCAGUCAUCGUUCUUUCUCUGGCGUAUCAAUCUCCGUUUGUCGGUGCUUUUAACGACGGAAAAUGUGAAACGGUCGAUUAUAUUUACGAAGUGAUCGGAUUUUAUAAGUACGAUUACGGAUUUCGGAUUACAUCAAGGUCGGCAUUGGUCGAGAUCAUCAUAUUCAUACUGGUAUCGCUACAAUCGUACAUGUUUGCUUCCGAAGAGUUUGAUUACGUGUUUCGGUAUCUCGAAGCCGAGCAAAUCGGCGCCAUUGUACGUGAACAAGAGAAGAAGGCGGCAUGGAAAACCGCUCAGUUGCAAUACAUUCGUGAAGCUGAAGAGAUGAAACGGCAGCGGAAUUUGCAAGUUGAAAAGAUGAAAUCCGAGAUGCUUGAUUUACAAAUCCAGCUUCAGAGCAUGGAUCCAGCUCCGGCACCGGGACCGAUUGCGAGUAGCGAUUAUUCUCCUCAUCGUGAAGGUUUAAGGAGACGGAGAAGCACCGACCCGACCGCGCUAAAUCUCGACAACGAAGACGGUACGCCCAAUAAACAAAAGUCCGAUGCUUUUGUGGACUCGUUGUUCCCUUUCGAGAGUUUAUCAACGCUUGGUUCGCCAAAGAAAACGUCUCUUUGUGAAAUCACCGAGUUUGAAGAGGAUGCUUUGGAGAUCCAGAAGAAAAACAAGCUCCCAAAGAGGGAAAACUCGUUGAUUUCGGCUGUUCAGUUGAUCGGUGAUGGUGUUUCGCAGGUACAAUCGAUCGGAAAUCAAGCCGUUACCAAUCUAGCAAACUACUUCAACAUUCCUCAUGAAGAUUCAGACUCGGAUUUAGACAUACCUUCUUCAUCCGUGAAGAUCGAAAAACAAAGUGAUCCCGAACAUCAAAAUGAUGGUUACAUGGCUUUCAAUAGUUCGAAUUCUAUGCAUUCCGAUAGAAGUCGAACAAAUUCCGAUUCACCGAGUAUACAUAUCGCCCAGAUUUUUCGACAUAUUUGGGCUCAAAUGCGAUCAAACAACGAUGUCGUCUGCUAUUGUUGCUUCCUUCUCGUUUUUCUUUGGAACUUCAGCUUGCUUUCGAUGGUGUAUCUUGCCGCUCUCUUUUUAUAUGCGCUUUGUGUCAAUACAGGACCAAGUUAUACGUUUUGGGUCGUAAUGCUGAUCUACACCGAGUUCUACAUCUUGAUUCAAUAUAUGUAUCAGAUCAUCAUCCAGCAUUGCGAUUUCACGAUCCAAUUGGCUUUUCUUCCCGAAUUGGGAUUUCCGUCAAGAAAGAUUUCGUCUUCGUUUGUAAUCAGUUUGUUGCCUCUGUUUCUAGUGUACCUAUUUACGCUCAUUCAAAGCUCGAUAACCGCUAAAGACAGUGAAUUGGUCUCGUCGACCGAGUUCAGCAGUCUUACAAGGGGAAUCGUGAAUCAAAACGAGCUUCUUCUGAGUUCGAGUUGGAGAGAAAACGCACAAAAAAUCGUUCAACUUACGAAGAAUUCGGCGAAAUUGAUUAUUAGAAACUGUACUAGAUACUGGAAAUCACUAACACAAGAAGCAGAAUCUCCACCGUAUUUGGUACAAGUGUCAAUUGAUGUUCAUUUGUGGCCCGAAGAUGGGAUCCAACCAUCGAGAAUCGAAUCGGGCAUAAACGAACUGCUUAGAUUCGUUCACGAUGAAAGAUGUAAAGAAUCCGAUCCUUUGACUUGCCCGUGUGCCAGCAGUGUUCAAGUUCAAAGCAUCGAAAGGAGUAAAGAAAGCUCAAACAUUGCGUUGGCUGUUUUCGAAGUUGUAUACGCAUCGCCACGAGAAGAAUGCACGUUAACUGAAAGAUACAAAUCAUUAACUCCGGCAGCCGAUGUUGCCAAGGAGAUAACCGAAGCCCAACGAGCCAAACUUUUCGAAAAAGUCGGAUUUCCGUAUUCAAUCAUCUCGGUAAUAGGCGGAGGCAAACGGGAAAUCGAUCUUUAUGCCUAUACGUUCGGCGCAGAUUUAGCAGUUUUCUUCUUGGUUGCCAUCUUCUACCAAUCCGUUAUAAAAAACAAAAGCGAAUUGCUUGAUGUUUAUCAGCUCGAAGAUCAGUUUCCGAAGGAGUUCGUAUUCAUCUUGAUGGUCAUCUUCUUCUUGAUCGUUCUUGAUCGGAUUAUAUAUCUGUGCUCGUUCGCUACCGGAAAAGUGAUAUUUUACAUUUGUAACCUCGUUCUUUUCACGUAUUCCGUCACCGCUUAUGCUUGGACAACAAAACCGUCACAGCAAAAUGCAGCGGGUUUUGCACUUCGUGCGGUAUAUUUGACGAAAUCGAUUUCUUUGGCCUUGCAAGCUAUGCAAAUACGAUCCGGGGUUCCUCAUAAGAGCACGUUAUACAGGCAGUUUUUGACGAGCAGCGUUUCGAGAGUUAACUAUUUGGGGUAUCGACUCUAUCGGGCGCUACCGUUUCUUUACGAGUUAAGAUGCGUUCUUGAUUGGUCAUGCACCACCACAUCGUUGACGAUGUAUGAUUGGCUCAAGUUGGAGGACAUAAAUGCGAGCUUGUAUCUCGUCAAAUGUGAUUCCGAUCUGAAUCGAGCGAAUCAUAAACAAGGCGAAAAGCAGACGAGAGUGACUAAAUUCUGCAACGGCAUAUGCUUAUUCUUUAUACUAAUGUGCGUCAUCUGGGCUCCUAUGCUUAUGUAUAGUAGCGGGAAUCCAACGAACAUUGCGAAUCCCAUCAACGAUGCUAGCAUUCAGUUUGAUAUAAAGACGGAAAGCGGAAAAUUGAUGUUAUACCAAACAACUCUAUGUGCGAUUACCCCAUGGACUGAGUUUAAUUCUUCGGUUGUUCUCGAUCCCCAUGGUUAUCUUGAAUCGUAUAAUGUGAACGAUAUUCAAUUGAUAUGUUGUCAAGCCGAUGCCAACAGUUUGUGGCUUGUUCCAGACGUGAUUCAGUCGAGAUUUAGUCAAUCGCUCGAUAAGGGCAUGGAUAUGAAGUUUUCUUGGGUACUCGCUCGAGAUAGGCCUAAGAACAAAGAAGUUGUGAUGUAUGGGCAAAAUUUAGUUCCUUCGGAUCUUCCGGAUCCAUCACAAGUUAGACAAGUUCUAGAAGGUUCUAGUAACAGUUUUAGGAUAAACAACACUUACCCUAGGUAUUUUCGAGUCACGGGUUCUGGGGACGUCAGACCGUUUGACCAGGAGGCUAAUGGGGUGGAUGGGAUGCUCGUUUUGAACCGUGGGGAGUCCGAAUGGUGGUCGUUUUUUGAUAUUAGUUUGUUGAAUUCGAGCGUGUGUGGAGAUUUGAUGGGGCCCAUGGCGAUCGUUGUGUCAGAAGAAACGCCACAGGGAUUUCUUGGAGAAACUCUGAGUAAAUUCAGUAUAUGGGGUUUGUAUAUCACAUUCGUGCUCGCAGUUGGUCGAUUCAUAAGGCUUCAAUGCUCGGAUCUCAGAAUGAGAAUCCCAUUUGAAAACCUUCCUUCUUGCGACAGGUUGAUUGCGAUCUGUGAGGAUAUUUAUGCUGCAAGGGCUGAGGGGGAGCUCGGAGUCGAGGAGGUUUUAUAUUGGACGUUGGUGAAAAUAUAUAGGUCGCCACACAUGCUUCUAGAAUAUACGAAUCCCGACUAGCUCGUUAGAAAGUCAACGUCGAAGUCAACGAUAUCGGUUUGUAGUAUGAGGGCAAAAAUUGGCUAACUAUACAAGUGCUAACAAACAUUCCCAAAGGUUUAAUUUUUGGUGGGAAGAGAAAGAAGAGAAGAGAAGAUGCAUUCAUUUAUAUUGUAACAUGUUUUAUGUACAUAUGAAUUUAUACAACAUUUGCAUUCACUUCCAUCUUUGUAACAUAUCUUGCUAUUGCUAUUCAUUAUAUGUAUAACACAAUUCACAUGUGAAU